GUCUACUCUACAGACACAUACACAGGAAAGAACUUCUCCGCUGCUACUGUAACUGUUGCGUAUAGAUUAUUCGAGUCUCCCCUUCUCCUCACUCCUGUCCUGAAUGAAUCUCCAAUGCCUCCUCUAGGCACGUUCUUGAAAAAUCAUCACACAAACUGUGUCUCUUCCCAAGUUGCACAUGUCGCCACUCUACAAGCCUACCUUUCUCCUCUAAGGUCUCAGAGUCUCACCCAUUCAAGAUUCUUACGAGCUCCAUUCAGACAACACACAACACACCUGUCUAAAUCCGCCAACCUCGACGAAGCCGUCGUCACUCUAUCCUCACUCUCCAGCCCCGAGCCUUACACAGACGCUCUCCACGCAUGCAUCUCCGCUAAAUCCCUCCACCACGGCCAAAAGAUCCACUCUUUAAUCCUCAACAACCCUAAACUCCGCCGCGACCCCAAGCUACUCACCAAACUCAUCACCCUCUUCUCCGUCUGCCGCCGGCUAGACCUCGCUCGCAAACUCUUCCACGACGCCAAAGACUCAGCCUUUCUCACCGAGGAAGUCUGGGCGGCGAUGGCGAUCGCCUUCUCCAGAAACGGGUCGCCGAGGGAAGCUCUCGUCGCGUACGUCGAGAUGCUGUGUAGCUUCGUAGCGCCGCCCGGGGAUUUCUCGAUCUCCGUGGCGUUGAAAGCGUGUGUCGAGGUUAAAGAUCUUCGCUUUGGGAGAGGGGUGCAUGCCCAGAUCGUGAAACGGAGGAGGAAGGUUGAUCAGGUGGUGGAGAAUGCGCUGUUGAGGCUUUACAUGGAGAGGGGAUCUUUGGAAGAUGCGCGCAAGAUGUUCGAUGGAAUGUCUGAGAGGAAUAUUGUUACUUGGAACUCGCUUGUUUCGGUGCUUAGUAAGAAGGUUCGGGUUCACGAGAUGUUUAACUUGUUUAGGAAGAUGCAGGAAGAGAGGAUUGGGUUUAGUUGGGCGACGCUGACGACGAUACUGCCAGCUUGUUCGCGUGUGGCUGCUCUUCUUACAGGGAAGGAGAUUCAUGCGCAGGUUGUGAAGUCGAGUGAGAGACCUGAUGUUCCUUUGCUUAACUCGUUGGUUGAUAUGUAUGGGAAAUGCGGUGAGGUUGUGUACGCUAGGAGGAUCUUUGAUGGGAUGUUAAAUAAGGAUCUGACUUCAUGGAACAUUAUGCUAAACUCUUACGCCAUCAACGGUGAUAUCGAAGAAGAGAUUAAACUCUUUGAUACGAUGAUAGAGUCAGGUGUUGCACCAGAUGGGAUUACCUUUGUUGCUUUGUUAUCUGGGUGUAGUGAUACUGGCCUCACAGAGUAUGGUGUAAGUUUGUUUGAGCGCAUGAAAGGAGAGUUCAGAGUUUCACCUGCCUUGGAGCAUUACGCUUGUUUGGUAGACAUCUUGGGACGAGCGGGUAGAAUCCAAGAAGCAGUCAAGGUGAUAGAAAGUAUGCCCUUUAAGCCAAGUGGAUCCGUUUGGGGAUCACUUCUUAACUCUUGCAGGCUCCAUGGGAAUGUUAGCGUAGGAGAGAUUGCAGCAAAGGAGCUGUUUGUUCUUGAGCCUCAUAACCCAGGGAACUACGUUAUGGUUUCUAACUUAUACGCUGAUGCAAAGAUGUGGGACAAGGUGGAUAAGAUCCGAGAGGUGAUGAAACAGAGAGGGAUCAAAAAGGAAGCUGGUUGCAGUUGGGUACAGGUUAAAGACAAGAUACAAAUCUUUGUUGCGGGUGGUGGAAACGAGUUUCGUAACUCGGAUGAGUAUAAGAAAGUAUGGUCGGAACUACAAGAAGCAAUUGAAAAAUCAGGUUAUGCUCCUGAUACAAGCGUGGGGAUUCAUGAUGUUGAUGAAGCAACCAAGGUGAAUUGGGUUUGUGGACAUAGUGAGAGACUCGCGACGAGUUAUUCUCUUAUUCAUACCGGUGAAGGGGUUCCGAUUAGGGUUACUAAGAAUCUGAGAGUGUGUGCGGAUUGUCAUGAAUGGAUGAAGAUUGUGUCGCAAGUAACUGGGAGAGUUAUUGUUCUUAGAGACACCAAACGGUUCCACCAUUUCGCUGACGGUGUCUGCUCAUGUAAAGACUACUGGUGAUCAUGGAAAAAAGUGCUUGAGCUUGGUGCCCUAAGAGUCAUUUGCUGAAGCAUCAUUGUUUGAGAGGUAGAUUGAUCAUAGCCGAAGCGAUGGAACUGAUUUAGUACAUAUGUUAAUGGAAACACAAGCAUUCUUGUUCGGCAGGGACAUUGUCGACGCUGGUAUGAAUAAUAUUUUUGGUUCAAAGAAAACGAAAACACAUAAUGAAGAGAAACAAGUGAGGCAAUCAAAGACUGGAGAAAGUUGUUGAGUGUUCACCAAGAAAGGUAAUGAAGGAAGAUGGUCACAUCACAUGAGGUGAAGCCAAGUCAUGCUUGGAGUUUUUUUUAAGCGCGCU